AUGCUGUCGAUUAGCAUUCAUAUCUUAAUUAUUGUCUCAACAAGUGGGGCAGUGUUUUAUGAACCCCAGGAGCGUGGACUAUUGACACGACCCCUGAAUGUCAUUUGUCCAUCGAACUGUGAAUGCAAUCGAGAAGAAAUUAGCAACGGAUCUCCAGCUUAUUCCGCCGAAUGUCAUGUGGCUACUAAUACCUUACCGGUUAUUUGUGCUAGAAGUUGGUUAAGUUUGAAGAUUAACCUGAUUAAUUAUACUUCAUCAUCACCCUAUAGAUCAUUUCGCACGAAACCCGUGUUUUCCUACUGUCAUGAUCUGGCUAGUCUCUAUGUUCGUCAAACGGGGGACAAUCCGGUUAGAUUCGCACUGCAUUCUCUUCUCCAAGGCUUAGGAAACCUUCGUCGAAUUUGGCUCCACAAUGUUGACAUAGAAGUUGACGGCGUUGAAGCAGCAAACUUUUACAAAAUCUCAUCAAAGCUGGAGCUUAUUGCCUUCUCGGAUUGUUUAAUGAAUUUGGAUAACACCAAGCCUUUGUUUUUCGACACACCUACGAAUCUGCAACAGUUGAGACUUACGAAUGUCAGUCUGACAGGAACCUUUACUAGUCGCUAUUUAGUUAAUCUAUGCCAUACAUCAUUAAAUGCUUUUCGACCUAAUGAUCUGGUUUCACUGUAUCUGGAUCGAAAUUAUAUUAAAAGUUUGGAUCGUAAUAGUCUAUCCGGCUGUCGUAAUCUCAAAGUGCUACAGCUUUCCUAUAACCAAUUGAGCGGCAGUCUCGAUGAAGUCAUGGGCUUAAGUUCUCGUAUUUUGGGACAUAACUGGACGUCUAAAAGAACUCUAGAGGUGGCUUCAACCUUUAAAAGUGGUGUUCUUGGACAUACUUUGCAAUUGGAAACCAUCGAUCUUUCCGGGAAUUUUAUAACUGGAAUAAGGAGCCCUCUUUGGGCAUAUGGUAGAGAGGGGGCUGAAACUCGCUGCUUAACAGAACUAAAGACCAUUUCUCUCUCUAAUAAUAACUUGACGUACAUUGUUCGAGGGGCUUUCCAAGGCGCUCCUAAUUUACGUGAGAUUGAUCUCUCCCGAAAUCCCAAACUCUUUUGUCCAAUGCAUCUAGAGGCACCAGCAUUUUACUCCUAUAUCGAUCCCUACAUUUUCGGAGGCGUACAGAAAUUAAUCAAAGUUUACUGGGACUUUGCUGACAAAACGUGCCUCUUGAGUUCCAUGAAACCAGAUUCGAGUUACGGAGUCCUUUCUGAGGGCGUUUUUAAACUCUUUGCUUCCCGUACCCUCUGCUUAACAGAAAUUACCAGAGCACCAUCCUUGAGCACCGAACCCUCAGAAGCUAUUCCGUCAGUGGGAUCUAGUGGUCAAAAGAGACUAUUAUCUCCUGAACAGUCCAUGGACAAUGGUGUUUCAACAUCUCAGUGGACUUCAAUCGAUAUCAUUUCAAGCUUCCUUUGUGCACUUAUGGGCCUUUUACUCAUUGUUCUAUUUGUAACAUUGGCUUUUCGAGGGAAAAUUCUGCUUGAAACGCUGAUAAGCUGUUGCGAGAAAGAAAAAGUAAUUGCCCCAGCAACUACCAAACCACAGGAAAAUUCAGUUAUGGAACAAGAGCGACCUAAUGUUGGUACUUGUUAUACAUUGCCCUCACCAGCUAGAAAUGGACUUCUGCUUCUGCAUAAUGAUGAAUCUGAGCGGUUCAAUAAUGGACUAAAGAGUAGCAGUCUGCAGAAUCUCUGUUUGGCCUGUCUAGACCAACCGACAACAAAUUCUACCACUAUGGGAAUGCCAACAAUACCACCACUGCAGUUCUACGAUAACUACAAGAACUUGACCACAAGCUUCCUGGAGGGCAAUAGUGUGCAAAUUUCAAGAGCACUGGAGACGGGAAUUACUCGAGCUCUGAUUGAAACUCGAGAUCGUCCGCUGGAAAGCAAGGCAAAUAGCAAUGAUUGGAGUUACAUCUAA